AUGACAGCCACUUCCUUUAGCUCUACUAGUACAUUAAUUUGUAUACUCAAUUUGAGACAACCAAUCUACGAAUUUGAUCGGCGGCCUUUCAUUGUUAAGGAUUGGGUGGUGAUAGAGGAAUUAAAGAUUAAUGAAAUCAAGACAGUUCCUGUAUGGAUUCAACUGCCUAAACUCCCUCUGAGAUAUUGUAGUGAGUCAAUCCUAAGCAAAUUAGCAAGUAUGAUAGUGAAACCUAUUGAAAUGAAUGAUAUGACAGUAAACAAGCAAAGAACUGCAUUCGCAAGGGUGUUGGUGGAAGUUGAUAUCAGAGACACAGUUAAGGAAUCCAUCUGGUGUGAAGAUGAACAUGGAGAGCUUAAAGAGCAACAAGUGAGGUAUGAAUGGAAGCCUAUGAAGUGUUUGAAUUGUAAAGGUUUUGGCCAUACUACCAAGGAUUGUAGACUGCCUGUUGUGAAAGAUUGGAAGAAAAAGGAAGGAAAUGUUGUUGAUGAAUCAAAGAUGCAAUUGUCUGAUGGUAGUCAAAGGAAUGAAAAGAUGCUAGAGGAACAUAGAUCUCCUAUGCAAGCUGAUCUAGUGUUCUCUAGACAUGUUAGCAGUCCAACUCCAGCAAGUGGUGUAAGAAGGCCAUUCAGGAUCCUCAAGAGAGGUCAAUCACCAGAUAACAUAGAAGGAAUUCAAAAUUAG